GCAAGAUAUUCGAUUCGGUCUAGCAGUCAGCAGACAGCACUGUAUCGCGAUCUUGGAAUGGAUUGGCCGAUAUGGACUGUACUAAAAUGUUAGAAUUAAACCUCGCGGUCUCGCAAGAACAUUUGCACUUUGAAAAUGCAAAAAAUUAAUAAGUGUGCCGUAGCAUUAUACGGUACUUGAUUUUUAACGUACGUAAACAACAAUGAAGUGUGUUACGGUUGUUGCUGUUAAACAAGUGACGUCGAAAAUAUAUUGUAAAACAUUAUAGCGUAAAGCUAAAAUUUCUGUUAAAAGGAUUGAGUCAGCAGGAUUGACAAAGAUGCCAGAACGUGUAGAGUUACAGCAGUUAGUGGGUGGUGACAUGGAGUGCCAAAACCGUCCUCGAGCAAAUAAUUAUUCAUCCACAAAAUGCAAGUCUUGCCCAUAUCUUGGCCUUAUCUUAGCCACAAUAUCUUCUUUGUUCUUUUCUCUAUGUAGUGUGAUUGUCAAAGGUUUAGUAGAGAUCAAUCCAAUGGAACUAGCUGCCUUUAGAUUUGUAGGAGUUUUAUUGCCAGCAAUUCCAAUAGUAAUUUAUAAAGGAGAUCACCCUUUUCCCAAAGGCAGAAGAAUUAUGUUACUUCUUAGAAGUUUUGUCGGAACAACUGGACUUAUGCUCAGCUUUUAUGCUUUCAGACAUAUGCCUUUGGCAGAUGCAUCCGUUAUAGUUUUUUCUGUGCCUGUGUUUGUAGCAAUAUUUGCAAAAAUAUUUCUCAAAGAGCCUUGUGGGAUUUUUAAUGUUGUUACAGUCUGUUUAACACUUAUCGGUGUUGUCUUAAUUACACGCCCACCAGUCAUAUUUGGAAAUACAGUUGAAUCUUUAACUGACAAUCAUGAAAAAACUGAACAUGUAGAUCUUUGGGGUGCUAUAGCAGCUUUCUCUGCAACACUAUUUGGUGCAAAUGCUUAUGUUUUAUUGAGAGCCUUGAAAGGCUUACAUUUCUCUGUUAUAAUGACAAACUUUGGAUCUUUUGCACUGAUACAAACAAUUGUGGUUACCUGGGCAAUUGGAGCCUUAUGCAUACCUCGCUGUGGUACUGACAGAUUACUGGUGGUUGCUCUUGCUCUCUUUAGUUUUGGAGGACAAAUCUUACUAACCUUGGCAUUACAGAUGGAACAGGCUGGACCAGUCGCCAUUGCCAGGUCAGCGGACAUUGUAUUUGCAUUCUUUUGGCAAGUGCUCUUUUUCAAUGAAAUUCCAAAUAGAUAUUCUGUUGGUGGUGCGAUUCUUGUAACAAGUUCAGUCUUGCUAACAGGAUUAAGAAAGUGGGCCAUAUCAUUACCAGAAACAUCUAGCGUUAGAAAAUCUUUAGGUUUCUUAGCCAUAUAGUGCAAAGACUAUGAUAUAAUGUGGAUAAUCCAUUUUUUAUAAAGACAAUAUGUACAAGAGUUGCAAUUUUUAUACAGUUUUAUUGUGGGAAGUCAACUUUCAUCUUUUGAUUAAAACAAUGCAACUAUACUUGCUUUAAGAAUAGAGAUACCAUGUUAUAUUUUUCUUAAAAUUUAGCUCUCUGGUUUAAUCAUAACAGAAAGUAAUAUCAAUUUGUACAUUUUAACUACAAUUGAAGUUUAAUAUAUUGACAUUAAAAUUUUUAUAUUUAAAAUACAAAUAUAAAAUAUGACGCUCCAUAGAUGCACUAUUUAUUCAAACGCACAUUAGUUACUUAAAUUAUUUUUAACUAAUUUCUUUAAUAAUACUGACUGUGUAGCCAUUGAAAUUUUUUUUAUACCAAAGUUCCUGUAAUUUUAGACAAAUCGAGAUCUAAUAGUGCUUAUAAACAUAACAUAUCGACGUUUUUUGUUUUUAAUGCCAUUUUUAUAAAGUAAUGAUUAUUAUUAUUCUUGUCUAUUUCCAUGUUUUGUGAAUCAUUUAGAUACUUAUUUCGGGAACGAACGCUAUGUGAACAAAGUGAUUUAUUUGAUUAGAAACGAUGUGAUAGCCGCCAGUUUCUAAGUGAAAAUUAUAAUUAAUUAUUAUUUAUGCAGCUCCACUAUAUAAGUAGUUGUAAGAUGAUGAUACUUAUUGUUCUAACAAAAAUCAUGUGAAGAAAGUGAAUCAUUAUUCAAAUGAUAAAUCUAAUUAAAGAUGAUUAUCUUUAAUACAUAUAAAUUGAAAACAGCACAAAAAUGUAUUAUGGAUAAUCAUCUAAUUGUAACAUACAAAUAGCUCUUAAGAAACUAUCCAGUAUAUAUAAUCUUGCAUUUACUUAUGUGAAUAAAAUUUAUUGAAAAAAUGAGUUUUAAGUUCACAGUAUAAACAUCAAAAAUCUUCUCAAAGCAAUAUUCUCAAAGGAAAAUUACGACACUCGUCAUGUUUGCUUGCAAUUUUUUGUAUAUGUGAGUACUUGUAUAACACAAAUAAUUUUAGUGAAUUUACCCAAAGAAUA